GUCAGGUGGUUUCUAGAAAUCGAAACUCCACUGUUUUCUGUGGCGUUUCCUGGGACCAGCAUGCCCCGCUUCACACUGGGUUUUCUGGGUUGAAGAGGGGAUCCUGCAGCAGGUAGGCAAGAGGAUCCAGGGCAGCCAUCAGUAGUGGCCUCAGGACGGGGGCCUCCCAGGAGAGCCAUGGCCCUCCCACGACUCCUCUGGAUGUGGCUGCUGGUUGCAGGGACCCAAGGUGUGAAAGAUGGCGACAUGCGCCUGGCCGACGGGGACAGCACCAAUGAGGGCCGCGUGGAGAUCUUCUACAGAGGCCAGUGGGGGACGGUGUGUGACAACCUAUGGGACCUGACGGACGCCAGCGUCGUCUGCCGGGCCCUGGGCUUUGAGAACGCCACCAAGGCUCUGGGCAGAGCCGCCUUCGGGCCAGGCGCGGGCCCUAUCAUGCUGGACGAGGUGGAGUGCACGGGGACAGAGUCGUCGCUGGCCGAGUGCACGUCCCUGGGCUGGCUGAGGAGCAACUGCAGGCACAAUCAGGACGCCGGCGUGAUCUGCACCAACGAAACCCGCGGUGCCCACACCCUUGACCUGUCGGAUGAGCUCCCUGCGGCUCUCGAGUGGAUCUUUGACAGCCAGAGGGGCUGUGACCUGUCCAUCAGGGUGAGGGUGAAGGACGACGAGGAGGAGGGCCUAGACGUGUGCGGCCACAGGCUGAUCCUGUCAACCAACCCCGAGGCCGAGGCCCUGUGGAAGGAGCCUGGCCCCACCGUCACCAUGGAGGUGGACGCAGAGUGCCUGCCUGUCAUCAGAGACUUUAUCAGGUACUUCUACUCCCGAAGGUUGGACGUCUCCCUGACGUCGGUGAAGUGCUUCCACAAGCUCGCCUCCGCCUACGGGGCCUGGCGGCUGCAGAGUUUCUGCGCGAGCCUCUUUGCCAUCCUCCUCCCCGAGGACGCCUCCUUCCAGACGCCCCUGGACCUCUAUGCCUAUGCACUGGCCACCCGGGACCCCAUGCUGGAGGAGCUCUGCGUGCGGUUCCUGGCCUGGAACUUCGAGGCCCUGACGCAGGCCGAGGCCUGGCCGAGCGUCCCCACGGCCCUGCUGCGAGUCCUGCUCUCCAGGAGCGACCUGGCCGUGCGCAGCGAGCUGGCCCUGCUGAUGGCCGUGGACGCGUGGAGCCGGGAGAAGCAGCCCUCCCACGGGGAGGUGGAAGGCCUUCUGGACGAGAUCCGGUUCCCCAUGAUGCUGCCCGAGACCCUGUUCGAGCUGCAGUUUAACCUGUCCCUGUACCGGGGUCACGAGGCACUCUUCCAGAAGAAGACUCUGCAGGCGCUGGAGUUCCACACCGUGCCCUUCCGGCUGCUGGCCCAGUACAGAGGCCUGAACCUCAGCGACGACGCCUACCAGCCCCGGCUGUAUACCUCGCCCACCUGGAGUGCCAACAUCUCGGGCGAUUCCCAGGCCUCGUCCGGCUACCCGUACGCUCCAAGCUGGUCCUUCCAGACCCCACAGCACCCCAGCUUCCUGUUCCAGAACAAGCUCGUGUCCUGGUCGCUCCUGUACCUUCCCACCGUCCAGAGCUGCUGGGACUACCGGUUCUCGUGCACCGCGGACGAGGUCCCCCUCCUGGGCCUCUCCAAGUCCACCUACUCGGAUCCCACCAUCGGCUACCAAAGCCAGGCUCUGAUGCUCUGCGAGGGGCGCUUCGUGGCCGACGUCACCGACUUCCUGGGACAGAAGGCCCCGAUCCCCGACGCCCUGGGCACCAACAGCUCCAGGAGCGCCUCCCUCUUCCCCUGCCCGGAAGGGUCCUUCACCAGCUUCCAAGCGGUCAUCCGCCCCUUCUACCUGACCAACUCCUCCGACGUGAACUAGGCGCAGGCGAGCCCCGAGAGGCCAGGCGCCUCCCAGUCCGCCGCAGGCUUGCCGUGGCUGGCCGCCUCCUGUCUGCAGCCACCCGCCACACCGGCCACCAGAGGGCCCUCGCGCUUUCACUGAUGUCUCUGAGCUUAGAGAAAGUACUGGAAGGUUUCAACUAACGUUCACCACCCGGCACAGAAGUCCCAGUUCCACCCCCACCGCCCGGCUGGUUUCCAGGUCGAGAAGCAGCCGGACCCGGGAGGGGCAGCGGCUGGACUUUCCACCCGGCCUUUCUCUUUCCCGGUCGGGUCCUGUGCCGUCCCUCGCCCGAGAUCAUUAAAAUUGCACUGAUUGCCCA